CGGGGAGAGGCGGGGGGACCCGAGCACAGCCAGACUCAGGGAACAAAGAGCUGGAUCUGGGGAGCAGCGCUGGGACCGUGACACCGGGGGCCGCCCGGAGCAGCGCCGCUAGCCGGGCUCUGGAUGACGAUGAGCGGGGCACACCCCCGGGGACGCUGCGGGGAAUAAUCCGGAGGACGGGGGAGAAUGGACUGGAGGCGGCGAGCCUGAGCGGAGAGCGGUCCCCCGGUACAUCCCCGGCUCUCGGCUCCUGACAUGGCGGCCGCCAUCAGCUACAGCCCGCCCUGGUGGGUGACCCUCCUGCACCGGCUGCCGCACCUCAGCCUCAAGUGGGAGCUCAUCAGCGGGGACUUCAAGCCGGAGGACGGCGACUACCAGCAGUCUCUGAUGCUCCUGAGCUGUGUGGCCCUCGCCUGCCUCGCCCUCGACCUUCUCUUCCUGCUCUUCUACUCCUUUUGGUUCUGCUGCCGCCAUCGUAAGACAGAAGAAAACACGAAUGCGGAUUGCUGCUGUACCGCGUGGUGUGUCAUCAUCGCGACCCUCGUGUGCAGUGCCGGCAUCGCUGUUGGUUUCUAUGGCAACGGCGAGACCAGCGACGGCAUUCACAGAGUGACAUAUUCGCUGAGACAUGUCAACCGCACCGUGGCAGGAAUCCAGGAUCGGGUGACGGAAACCACCAUAGCGCUAAACCAAACUGUGGAACCAAAUCUACUAGAACUGGAAGCCAUGUUUACAAAGCAGACGGAUUACCUGCACAUUGUGCAGAAGCUUCAGGGUCUCCUAUACACACUAGUGCAACAAACCUCCGACAUCCCCUUCUGGAAAAACCAAGACGUGUCAAUGGACGACCUGGCGGAACAGGUGGAUCUGUAUGACUGGUACAGGUGGUUGGGGUACCUGGGCCUGCUCCUUUUCCACGUCUUCAUAUGCUUGUUGGUGCUAUUCGGCCUUAUACGGAACUCGAAGGCCAUCCUGGCCGGUGUGUGCUUCCUCGGGGUCCUGGCACUGAUCGUUAGUUGGGCAUCCAUGGGCCUGGAGCUGGCGGUGGCUGUGGGCUCCAGUGACUUUUGUGUGGAACCGGACAAAUUUGUCUCCAAAGUGGUGGAAGAAAAAUCUGUCCUGAAUGCAGAAAUUUUAAACUACUAUCUGUUCUGCAACCCAGCAUCUGCUAACCCUUUUCAGCAGAUGUUGUCGAGCGGCCACAAAGCCCUGGUGGAGAUGCAGGAUGACGUUCUGGAUCUCUUGCGGUCCGCAGUUAAAGAUUACCCCAGGUCCAUGGACAAACUGACCAACAUACAAGGAGUCCUCAACGCCACUGAGAUCAACCUGCAGCGUCUGACGGCUCUGGUGGAUUGCCGCGGAUUACAUUUGGAUUAUGUGCAGGCUCUCACCGGUUUCUGCUACGAUGGCGUAGAGGGGCUCAUCUACCUGGUACUUUUCUCCUUUGUCACUGCCCUGAUGUUCAGCUCUAUAGUUUGCAGUGUGCCCCAUACCUGGCAGCAGAGGAGGGGCAGUUAUGAAGAUGGGGAGGAGGAGGCCGCGACGCCAGGGACACGACAGACUCAUGACAACCUCUACAGGGUGCACAUGCCAAGUUUGUACAGCUGUGGGAGUAGCUACGGCAGCGAGACAAGUAUCCCAGCGGCCGCACAUACCGUGAGCAACGCUCCUGUGACAGAGUACAUGAGUCAGAAUGCCAACUUCCAAAAUCCCCGCUGUGAAAACACUCCUCUGAUUGGCCGUGAGUCACCUCCUCCUUCAUACACGUCAAGCAUGAGAGCAAAGUAUCUGGCUACUAACCGCCCAGAAUCAGAAGCUCGUUAAACAAGCGGGUGAUGCAGACGUCUACAGACAGAAGUCCUCCUGCCAUAGCCCCCUGAAAUCCACUGUGUGGUUCAAUGUGUCUACAAAAAAAAAAUGUUGGCAUCCCUAGACACCCCUCCCUGUACUUCUUGCCUCCUGUCCACGGGAAGAACAAAGGAGACCGUUGCAUGGAAUGACAAGUUUCUUGGGAUGUCCCUCCGUAAUGGCUGACCUCAAUGAGGAGCUCAUCUCAUGUCUUCAGUCCAGGGAUCAUAACCAUUUCUAUGUCGAGAGCUCGCUCCUUCCUGGGGUCUUUUAUUUCUCAAUGUUUUCUCUUCAUUUUGCCUUUCAAAAGGAAUUCUUUUUUUUUUUCCUAACCCAUGAGGUGCAGUUUUAUUAUUUUAUAUGGUAUGUCGUUUUAUUUUGUAUUCUUUUUACAUCGUCUGCGUACACCAUUCUUUUUAAUGACCCCCUUCCCCCAUGCGUACUUUGCCAGUGUUUUUUUAAUUUUUUUAUUUUUUUUCAGUAUUAUUUGUAACCUUUUGGAAACCACUUUAUAUUAAAUUUAUACUAAAAAUGCACUAAACCAUUCGCCGGGUCGGCAGCAAUUUUAUGACACCACUGACCAGAGUUUCUGUGCACAUUCCAUAUUGUAAAUUGCAUGUCGUGUUGGUCUCCUCAUGAGGCGCUUUACUGCAUUUUGUCCCUCCGUCUGCGGUUCAAUGCGUUGUGAUAUAGUCUGCUUUGGUUUAAAUGACUGGAAAUUUGCCAACCUAAACCACAACGCCAUUGCCUACGCAUCAUCCGGUUCAUAUCUCAUACCUGUACCCAAGCUGCUUCUCUUCUCAAGCUCCCCUUAGUGCUUUCUGUAGGGUGUUUAGGUUGAAUAGAAACCUCUGAGUGACCCACCCUUUCCUUCCGUGAAGUUGUCUCACAUGCCAUACAAGAGAUCCCUCUCCGUCCUUCACAGACUUGUUGUAGGAUCUCCUUACACAGGCAACAAGCAUGGAAACUGUAAAGAUUAGGACCAGCCGAGGAUAAAACUAUACAGAAUUUGGGAGGGUCCAGUAGUACAGAUUUUUGGUUGGCAGCAAAUAAUUUGAUGAGAUGUGAGCGUCGUAUACCUCCAUUAAUGCUGUUGUGAAGAAGUGACCACUAGACCUUCGUAGGGCCACCUACCCAUUCUUGCCUUUUACCCCCUUUUUUUGCCAAUUGUGUUUAACAGAGCAGCUAAAACCUACCCAAGACCACUAUGUCCUCGUAGAAAAACUUCAUUUUUAUCUGUUGAUUGUGGUUAAUCUACUUGGCAUUGCUAUACUUGUGAUUUACUACUAAUGGAUAGACAGUAAAUGCAAUUCAUAAACAUCAUGGAAAAUGACCGGGACCUGAUGGAAGACAGGGGGAUGUCUAUACACAAUACAAUAGACGACAACGCAUUUACUCCUCUCCUUUAUAGCCUACAUUGUAUGAAUUGUUGGUAUGUCCUAUCUUUCCCCUCCCUACCCCAGUCACUCCCAAAACGGGUGUACUUAUAAAUGCCAUAUUGGAGUCCUACUUUAUUUUACCAGCUCGGAUUUAUUGUUUUUUUGUCCAUUGAUCCUACUUUUACAAAUACAUUUGCGUUAUUUAUUUACUUUCCCGAUCUAUUGGACAUGAGAUUCGAUUCAUGGGGGACAUAUUGUCACAGCCAGAUCUCAAGAAAAAAAAUAUAUAUAUCACCACCUACCAUCAAGAUGUCUACAACUGGAGAAUUCCAACUUCUAUCACUGGUGCUAAAGCUAUUGAGCUUGAUCAUCCAUUGUGUCUAUCGGCUUGCCGGAAAGCUUUGCGGAAUAGUACUGGGAUUGUUGUGGUUGUUGUACAGAGAUCUCCUCAACCUUGUAACGGGAUGUGAUAUGUACAUAGUCAAUGUACCGCACCUCACUUUUACCAUGGACUUGUGCCAUUCGUUUUUGGAGAAAACUCUGAGGACUCCUUUGCAUACUAUAAAUAUAAUAUCCACCAAUCUCAAGAAAUGAUGACUUUUAUGUUUUUUUUUUUUUGUCAAGUCUUAAUGGCUUGGGCCGCAGGAUAUAAAACUGAGCCAAGUCGGUCCAAAUAAGACCCUUCUGGACUAAUCUUUCCACUUAAUCGACAUCAUUUAGGAAGCACAAUGCUAUUGUUAUGCACCUGGGUUUUUCGCUUCAUUGUUCUUUUUUAAUUCAUAUCCUUGACUAAAACAGCCUAAAUGGAAAAAAAAAAUAACGAGGCUGUUCGAGAACAGACAUCUUGAAAAUGUGAAAUGUAAAUAGCAUGUUUGACUCUGUGUCCCCUGUAAAAGAUUGCCUUGUUAUUGUAAAAGGAAACCAACUCAAGACCUCUUGAGAUUAUUACUGUA